AAAAUCCAAGUCGGUGAGCCUCUCUCUCUCUCAUAAACAGAUCUAAAAAACCAAAGAAACGAGAGAACAAAAUCAGAAGGCUCUCUCCUCUUCUUCUUCUUACAUAUAUAUAAAAGCACAGAUUUAUAAAUCAUUGUUUCCCUCUCCCACCCGAUUCUUUUGUAUAAAAGCUUCAACCUUUUCCCCAAUUCUUCAGUCUCCCUUUCGCCUUAAUUCCUUCAUCGUUUCAAAGCUACGAAACCCUAGUUUUCGUUUUCGAAGCUCGGAUUCGCUCGCUCCUUAUCGAAAGAGGGAAUGGCUGAACAAGGAUUGGAAGGGAGUAAUCCAGUGGACCUCAGCCUGCAUCCUUCAGGGAUUGUUCCUACUCUUCAAAACAUUGUUUCUACGGUGAACUUAGACUGCAAGCUAGAUCUUAAAGCUAUAGCUCUGCAGGCUCGGAAUGCUGAAUAUAAUCCCAAGCGUUUUGCUGCGGUGAUAAUGAGAAUCAGAGAACCGAAGACUACAGCAUUAAUAUUCGCUUCAGGGAAAAUGGUCUGUACUGGAGCCAAGAGCGAGUACUUUUCAAAGAUGGCUGCAAGAAAGUAUGCUAGGAUUGUGCAGAAAUUGGGAUUUCCUGCAAAAUUCAAGGAUUUCAAGAUUCAGAAUAUAGUAGGUUCUUGUGAUGUCAAAUUUCCUAUAAGACUUGAAGGUCUUGCAUACUCUCACGCUGCUUUCUCAAGUUAUGAGCCCGAGCUCUUCCCAGGGCUUAUUUACAGGAUGAAAGUGCCAAAAAUCGUUCUUUUAAUCUUUGUCUCUGGGAAGAUCGUGAUCACAGGAGCCAAGUCUCUAGCUCUUCUGCCAUCUGAUAAAAAUCCUGAGUUCACUCGCUAUCAGAUGAGAGACGAGACAUACAGAGCCUUUGAGAAUAUAUACCCCGUCCUCUCGGAGUUCAGGAAGAUACAGCAAUAGAUCACAGACUUGGAGGAGGAUUUGUUCCCUGCGAAACUAGUUGUGCGUUCUUAGCCCCUUGAGUUGCUAAAGCUUGCUGAGAAUUUGGCCCUUGAACAAAGGCAUUCACAGUAGCUAGACACUCACCUUGUGUUUUGGUUCAUAAUAGAACAUUUGUAAAUACACAAUGGAAAUUCCAAAGACAAUUCUUCGGUUCUUUUUCCAAGAUGUGUCUUACAUGUAUCCUCUUCACUUUCCACAUGUUAAAUGUACAACCUUAACUCAGUGUUUAGCACCA